AUGACGACGCUGCCUCCCCAACCCUGGCAUACAGUGAACAUUGAUUUUUGUGGACCAUUUCUAGGUGGUUCAUAUCUGUUAGUGAUUAUUGAUGCAUAUUCACGAUUUCCAGAGGUGGAAAUUGUAAGUUCAACAUCUGCAAAAUCAACAAUAUUGAAACUUGAACGAAUUUUUGCCACACAUGGUAUUCCAAAGGUGUUAAAGAGUGAUAACGGUCCACCAUUCCAGAGCCAUGAAUUUAGUCUGUACUUGAAAGAACUCGGCAUUAAACAUAAACCAAGCUCACCAUUAUGGCCCCAAGGAAAUGGACAUUCCGAGAACUUUAUGAAACCACUUGUAAAGGCUGUGAAAUCUGCCCAUCAUGAAAACAAAGAUUGGAAACGUGAAAUGUUUAAAUUUUUGCUCAAGUACAGAGCUACCCCACAUUCCACCACUGGCAAGGCACCGUCCGAGUUGCUAUACAACCGUAAGAUUCAAACAAAAUUACCUCAAGUGACAGUCGAAAAUGAUUCUUCACUUCAUCAAGAGGUGAAGGAGAGAGAUGAAAGGUUGAAAAAGAACCAAAAAGAAUAUGCUGAUUCCAAAAGAAGAGUUAAGUGUGCUGACAUCAAGAAAAGCGAUUUAGUUUUGGUGCGGCAACCGAAAUCAAAUAAAAUGUCCACAAAAUACGAUCCAAUACCAUAUGAAGUCACAAAUCGCCGUGGGAACAGGAUCACAGCAAUUAGGAAUGGGAAAUAUAUAACUCGGAACAUUUCGUUCUUUAAAAAGUAUCACCCCAGACAUGGCAGAUCGUUGGAGUCAACAGAGAUAAUGGAUGAAGAAAAUUAUUCCUCAGAUGAAGAUGUCCACGAAGAGCAUGAACAGUAUGAUGGACUGAGACAGAAUGAUCGUCCGCGGCAGUACAAUGGUCACAGACAAGAUGAUGGUCCGAGAUAUCCGGCAAGAGAAAUACAGCGGGUGUACAGAUAUGGAAAUAACAUUUAUGAUUGACCUGGACUAAAACAGAUAAGAUACAGUUUAAACAUUAUAUGCAUAUUUUGUUAUAGUUAGUACAAGAGCUCAUAUUUAAAUCAAGGGAGGGAUGCAAUGUUGACAUUACUGACACUAGCACACACGUGACUAGAAAGUUAGUUAAGUAUUUUUAGAAGCACGAGGCUAGGGAACCGGGAAGUAAUUGGAUACGUACUAUGCUGUUUGUACAAGUUGUUUGAUAUCUAUUGUUAUACUUAAAAGUGCUUGAUAUUGAUACAAAACCACGAACAUUACAAUGCAUACUUUUUGCCUCAAGUUAACUCAACAUUCGAAGGGUACAAUUUUCGCCAAGCAAAACAACAACACGGAGAAAAUGUUGACGCAUAUAAUACCCGGCUGAGACAACUCGCCCAAACCUGCGAUUUUACCGACGUCGAUAAAGAAGUAAAAUCACAAAUAAUUAUUGGGUGUUUGUCACAACGUUUAAGACGACAAGCUUUGCGUGACAAUCCAACUGUCAAAGAUCUACUAGCCGCGGGAAGAGCACAAGAGCGAAGCGAAGCACAAGCCGAAGCCGUAGAAAAAGGCGUGUCACCCGUAAAUUCCAUCAAACACGAGCAAAGCCAAAGAGACACGAGAAACAGAAAAAAUCACGGAAAAUAUCAACAAUCGAAGUCCAGAUACUUUGGGAACGCUGGAAAUCAACAAACACCCCCCGGAAAUCGACAAUUUCCCACCAGAAAUCAACAAAUACCCCCGGGAAAUCAACAAAUACCUACUCAACAAUGUCGCAAUUGUGGUGGAAUUUUUCCACAUAACGGUGACUGUCCUGCAAAAGGUAAAGAAUGUCGAGCAUGUGGGAAAAGCGGUCAUUUUGCCAAGGUUUGCAGAUCAAAACCCAAACGACGCGAAAUCCACCAAGUAUCGGAAACCCCAUCAGAGGAACCCCAAUAUCUAUUCACCUUGCAGAAUAACCAUCAGCACAAUACGUCACCACUCUGUGAAGUUUACAUAGCUAACGAAGCAGUCCAAACCAUCAUCGACUCGGGUGCCUCUGUCAAUGUUAUCGAUGAAUCCACUUACGAAAAGAUUCGAAAGAGCAACAAAAACGCAGUGCUCACCACACCCCGAUCCAAGAUAUUCACAUAUGGCUCAAAUAUGGAACUGCCACUCUUAGGUAUGUCUACAGCAGAAAUUCGUUUCCAGUCUAACACCGUCAACGCAACCUUCUAUGUCACAAAGGGACAAAAUGGUAAUCUCUUGAGCUGCAACACUGCCGAAAGUUUAGGAAUUCUAAAGAUAACGGUAAACACUGUUUUAGAUACCCCCAACACACCUCCCGAGCAAAAUUUUCCAGACUUGUUCUAUGGAAUUGGCAAGAUAAAGGACGAGACAAUCAAGUUGCAUAUUGAUCCCGAGAUUGAACCUAAGCAACAGUCCCACCGCCGCAUUCCAUUUCAUAUUAGAAAAGAUCUUGGAAAAGAACUUCAACGCUUAGAAGAUCUCGAUGUUAUCGAAAGGGUCGAGGGGCCCACCCCCUGGGUCAGUCCCAUCGUCGUAGUCCCAAAGAAAACAGGAGAAAUUUGCCUCUGUGUUGACAUGCGAGAGGCAAACAAAGCUGUGAAAAGAGAAAAGCACCUUAUGCCAACACUUGAUGAAUUCAUCACUGAUCUAAAUGGUGCAACUGUAUUCAGCACCCUAGACCUGACAUCCGGAUACCAUCAACUCGAGCUCGAACCCGAAAGCAGGCACAUUACAACAUUUUCCACACAUGUCGGUCUUCGACGAUAUAAAUGACUCAUGCAUAUGUUCGGAAUAAAUGCUGCAUCAGAAAUACUCCAAAAUUCAAUUGCUGAGCUUUUAACUGGCCUACCGGGAUGCAAGAACAUUUCCGAUGACAUCAUUGUUUAUGGUCGUGACGUCAGAGAACACGAUGAAAAUCUGAACCGUGUUUUAACCCGUCUACGAGAAUACAACGCCCGCCUCAACCCAACGAAAUGCACCUUCCGUAAGUCAGAAGUGAUCUUCUACGGACAUUCCUUCAGCGCGAAAGGGAUCAAAGCUGCACCUCAGAAUAUCAAUGCUAUCAAAACCAUGCAACCUCCAGAAAAUCCAAGUGAAGUGAAGUCCCUUCUUGGUAUGGCACAGUACGUUUCACGCUUCAUCCCGAAUUAUGCCACCAUUACUGCCCCUUUACGUGCCUUAACCCAUCAGAAUUCCGUGUGGAAAUGGGAGAUAGAAGAAGUAACCGCUUUUCGAAAGCUACAGAAUGAGCUAACUAGUGUCCGAGUCAUGGUUUAUUUUGACCCAACGAAGUCCACCAAAGUACUCGUUGACGCAAGCCCGACGGGUCUAGGAGCUAUUCUAAUGCAAGAUGAUAAAGUCAUCAGCUACGGAAGCCGUGCGCUGACUGAUGUUGAAAGUCGCUACUCCCAAACAGAACGAGAGAUGCUUGCAGUCGUCUAG